CUGCGCACAUUGAAGCCACUGCGCAUUCAACGCUUUAUAUAUUUUAUGUAUAAACCGGGGCCAAUGGUACGAAGAGUGGAGUAGUUUAUGGAGGUAAGGGUGGAAUGUUUACAACUAGCUCCACUGUCGUCAUCUCAUCUGCAUUUUGAAACCAGUUCCGCGGCUCGAUCACGCCAACCGUCUCACACCAGAUCGGUUUCUAUACAAAACUGAGGUGUAUCGGUAAGCGGACACUAUUCACGAUUGUGUUCUCUAAAGUGUCACCAUAGCGUUCAACAUUUUGCAAGUUGUGUGCCCAUGUCGCAGCGGUCUCUGAGCAGGGAGGUGUGGGAGGUGCGUGCUUCAGCGUUGGCUCGCAACACCCAUAACGUGAUCAGGGAGAUUGUUGAGAACUUACAAGUGGAACCGCACCCUAAUAAGCAGCUAAUUGCUCUUUCCAUUGGUGACCCAACUACAUUUGGAAACCUUAAUCCACCAGAUCAAGUCCUACAGGCUGUGCGGGACAGCAUCGAAUUGCUUAGCUCUAGAAGUUACGGCCCCGGUAAAGGACACCAAGAUGUCAGGGACGCAGUGGCCGAGUACUGUGCCCACCAGGGACCGAUUACAGCCGAGGACGUCAUCCUCUGCAGCGGCUGCUCUCACGCCAUCGAGAUGGCCGUUACUGUGCUGGCUGAUGCCGGUCAGAACAUUUUGGUGCCGCGGCCGGGGUUCUUGAUAUACAGAACCUUAUCCGAAGGCUUAGGAAUUCAAAUAAAAUAUUACAAUUUGUUGCCUGAUCAGCAAUGGAAAGUCGAUCUUGAUGAUCUCGAGGGACAAAUAGACGACAAAACCGCGGCAAUAGUUAUUAUAAAUCCGUCGAAUCCUUGCGGUUCCGUGUACAGUAAAGAACAUUUGACUGAAAUAUUGGAUAUUGCGUCGAGAAAUCGUGUUCCCAUAAUAGCAGAUGAGAUAUACGAGCAUAUGGUGUUUUCUGGCAAUCAGUACCAUGCUCUUUCCUCGCUUUCAAUUGAUGUUCCUGUGCUCUCUUGUGGUGGACUGACUAAGAGGUUUCUAGUGCCGGGUUGGAGGAUGGGCUGGGUGAUCAUACACGAUCGCCAGAAUAUAUUUGGGAAAGAAGUUCGCAGAGGUUUGAAUAAUAUGACUACUAGGAUACUUGGCCCGAAUACGCUAAUUCAGCGUGCGUUACCCGCUAUACUGCAACUAACGCCACAGAGCUUUUUCGACGAUGUUAUAAUGUUUCUAGAGAGCCAAGCCAAGCUGGCUUACGAGGCAUUGCGCCGAGCCCCCGGAUUGCGGCCCGUGAUGCCUCAAGGGGCCAUGUAUAUGAUGAUUCAAAUAAAGAUGUCCCUAUUUCCUCAGUUCGACAACGAGCUUCAAUUCGUCGAGCGACUGGUGUCAGAACAAUCAGUUUUUUGCCUACCUGGAAAGUGUUUCGAGUACCCUAACUACAUGCGGAUUGUUCUGACAGUACCGGAGGACAUCAUGCGCGAAGCAUGCGAUCGCAUAACGGUAUUCUGCAGAGAGCAUGUCGCCUCCAGAGACAACCUGAAGGAAGUCGAUACUAAUUCUGUUUCUGUGGAGCCUGUCAGCGAAGUCAUCUGUGAACACGAACCAUAAAUGUUUAUAUGACUUUCGAAACUCAUUUCUUUGAAAGCACUUGUAGGUACUUGUGUUUGAUUUGAGACAAUAAUUGAAGACUGCUUCUCCAUAUAACCCCCCCUCCAUCUCCCAUUUUCCUCUCUGGAUAUUGACAUAUGUAAUUGGUUUUUUUUAAGUCAGUUGGUAUAUUAACCCACAACUAUGCCCCUUUGAUACUACCUUAGGGAUACUACGUUUUGAUGGAAAAGCGGUACGAUAUGUCCACUUUGAUCUUAAUGUGAUUUUUAUACAUUAAAUAUACUUACAUAUUUUAUUUUAAUGAUAGGUAUUAUAGUGCCAUCUUAAAAAUAAAUUUUAGGUUCCCUUUUCUUUAUGUUUCAUGUUGUUUUCGUAUUCAGCAUUACAAGCUCUAUACAACAAAGGUAGGUAUUGUUGAACAUGGUCGCGUCUCUACCAGUCGUAUGGAUAAAUUACUACGUUUGUAAAUCUCUAUAUUUCGGUACUAUAGAGGCAAUUAUAGAUCGUGUCAUUUACGAAGACGCGUGCAGUGACUUGUAUUGUCAUGUCAUUAAAGGUUAAAUUUGUCAAAUCUGCGCGUCAUCGUGGAUGACACGAACUAUAAGUUCAAUAAUAGGGAUAACAUGUUAUAUGCAAAGAGCAUAUAAUCACUACGUUUGUUAUAUGUUUAAGCUAGAUCUAAAUAUAAUUAUUAAAAUAUUCAUUUCCGA